AUGUCUGAAAGAAAGGGUCACACUAGAAUGCACAGCGCCACAUCAUUCAUUGAUGUUACCAAGGGAUAUAACCCAAGAACAUCACUGACGCAAGAACAAAAUGAAAUUUUAAACGAUUUUAUCAAGAAAAUCGAUUAUGAUAGUUUAACCGAUAGAGAACGUAAAUAUCUUGAUGAACCAUCACUUUUACGUUUCCUCAGAGCAAGAGACUAUGAUUUAAACAAGGCAGAAAAGUUAAUGAACAGCUGUCUUGAAUGGAGAAGAACAUUUAAACCAGAUGAAAUUACUGCCAAAGAAUUGGAAGAUGAAUCAUCAUCAGGAAAACUCUUCCAAAGAGGAUUUGAUAAGAAUAAUAGACCAAUUAUAUACAUGUUCCCUGCUAGAGAAAAUUCUACUGACUAUGAAAAGAAUAUUAAAUUAUUGGUAUAUACUAUGGAAAGAGCAGUUGAUGCAAUGCCAGAAGGUGUUGAACAAAUGACUUGGAUCAUUGACUUUAACGGCUAUACUACAAGAAACGCUCCACCAUUUUCUGUUGCCAAACAAACUUUAAGCAUUUUGAACGAAUGUUACCCAGAAAGACUUGGUGCUUGUUUUAUGGUUGAUACACCUUUCAUCUUUAAUAUUUUCUGGAGAGCAAUUUCUCCAUUCAUUAAUCCAGUUACAAAGAAUAAGAUUCACUUUGUGAAUGGUAAGGAAAGCGAAAAGGCCAAGAUUUUUGGAAAACACAUUGAUCUUGCACAAAUUGAUACAACUUGGGGUGGUACUUCAACAUUUGUCUUUGAACAUUCAGACUUUUGGGGUAAC